AUAAAUAGAGAUAAUUUUGCAUCCACAUCAGUUCACAUAUGAUCCGUUCGCCUGUUCAAAUAGCCGCCAGAUUAUGGCACAGUGUUCCGAAAAGUUUACUAAAGAUGGGUCCGCUCGAAGGUGCCAAGAAAAUUGCGGCUCAUAAAGCCGUGAACGAAUAUGUCCAGAAUAACACUGUGAUCGGAAUCGGUAGCGGAUCCACUGUGAUUUAUGCCGUUCAUAGACUUGCUGAACGUGUCAAGGAGGAAGGACUCAACAUAGUCUGUGUUCCUACAUCAUUUCAAGCUCGUCAACUUAUAUUAGAUAAUCAUCUAACUUUAGGUGACUUAGAAACUUAUCCAAAGCUGGACUGUGCAAUCGAUGGAGCAGAUGAAGUUGAUACUGAUAUGAAUCUUAUUAAAGGUGGUGGAGGAUGUUUAUUACAAGAAAAAAUUGUUGCUUCUUGUGCUCAGCGAUUUGUCGUCAUAGCAGACUAUACGAAAAACUCACAAAAGCUUGGCCAGCAGUAUAAGAAAGGAAUUCCUAUUGAAGUAGUUCCUAUGGCAUAUGUGCCGAUUCAACAUAGAAUUGAAAGAACAUAUGGAGGAACUGCAAAAAUUAGAAUGGCUCUGGCAAAAGCUGGUCCAGUAAUAACAGAUAAUGGUAAUUUUAUUUUGGACUGGCAUUUUCCACAAGACUUAACUAAUUGGAAUAAAAUUAAUCAGGAAUUAUCUCUGAUACCUGGUGUCAUUGAAACUGGUCUUUUUAUAAAUAUGGCUGAGAAAGCUUUUUUUGGUAUGCAAGAUGGUAGUGUGAAGGAACAAAGUUCAAACAUUCAAAAGAUUUAAUAUAUAUCAUUGUGUAAAUUACGUUUUCUAUCAUCUUUGGGCAAUAAUUGCGUCUAUAAUGAAUCUUAUAUGUGAUAUUAUCAGCAAAGAAUCUUCUCAGUAACUUCUCUUUGGAAUAUUAAUUUUCAUUUUACCAUAUGUAUCAUUUUAAUUGCAUUGACACUUUUUUAUAUUCCUAUUCUUUUUUGUUUAUUAUAUAUAUAAUUUAUAUAAAGAUAUAUAUAAUUUCGUGAUAAUUUCUUUUAGUACUAUAUAAAUAAAUUGUAAUUAUUAUUAUAGUUAAAGCUUACAUCCUCAAGAUAAAUUGCUCAAUAUUCUUAAAAAUAUGUUUUGUAACAAUGAAAUAAGAGAGCAUUUUGUUAUGUAUGAAAUAUUAUGAAAUUUAUAGUACAAAAUGUUUGCUCCAAAGUAUAAUAUAUAAUUAUAAAACAGAGCUUCUCAAAUAAAAUAUAUACACAUAUUUUUA